GCAGAAGGCGAGCCUGCCUUCCGGUCGCGGAAAAAAGUGAUGUGUUAGUCUCCGCGACGGCCCUUAGCCGGGCCUCUUGUGUCAGCGCACGUGUGGGUGGCCAUUCGUGGGCAGGGAGCGGAAGGCUUUCUCAGGUUUGGAAUGUCUCCCUUUGGUGAACCUUCUGAAAAGCCUUCAUUUGGUGGGGCUGGAGCAGAGAGAUUGGUAGUGUGAUUGAAGUGCUUGACUUCUAGGAGUCUUCCCUUCCCUGGCUGAGUACGCAGUUGCCAGUACCCUGAAGGGAGACAAGAACGAGCUCCAGAGUCACCCGGUGAAGCAGCUGAAGCUGUAUUUAACACUGACAGAUAAAAAAAAGUGUGUUGUGACGCUUAAUGCCUGAAGGAGAGGCUCUCUGCACUGAUGGAUCAACUGGAAGAGAAGGGUGAGCUUUCUCAGGUCUGGAAUGCUGCCCUUUGCUGAACCCCCAGAAGAGCCGUCAUUCUGUAGGGCUGGGCAGAGCAGGAGGUGGACUGGGGACUUGACUUCCAAGGGCCUUCCCUCCCCUGGCUGAGGACGCUGCUGCCGGUGCCGUAAAGGGGGACCAGAGCGAGCUCCUGAGUCACCUGGUGAAGCACCUGCAACUCUCUUUGACACAGAAUGAGGGGAAGCUGAAUUCCCACCAGACCCUGAUGCAUCAGAAGGUGGCAUAGGACUAAAUUGGCACAUGGGAACGGAGUGCACUGCUUCAAAUCCUUUUGCCAGCCUUAAGUGACUCAACUGGUGUCUCUGAGGCCUUUAGCACAGGUUCAGAAGACUUCACAGUUAAACUUGAAUGUUCCACUAUUUCAAAACUUCACGAAAGCAGAAAACCAUGUGAUAAGCAACAAACUGUCCCUUAUGUAUAUCUACGCUGACAAAGAAUUGGUUUUUGUGGUUGUAAAACCACCUCUGAGGAAGAACAAAGUCAUAACACGUCUGCCAGCUUUGACUGGAUUUCAUUGGGUUUCUUCAGCCAGACUGGGGACUGUGACUUGUGUAUCAUGUCCUCAGCAUCUUCUCAUUGUAUCAAGCUGAUUUUUUUUAUAAAAAAGUAAAGCUUAAAUGUAAAUGGACUGCCUUCAAGUUGAUUCUGACUUAUGCCGACCCUAUGAAUAGGGUUUUCAUGGUAAGCGGUAUUCAGAGGGGGUUUGCCAUUGCCUUCCUCUGAGGCUGAGAGGCAGUGACUGGCCCAAGGUCACCCGGUGAGCUUCAUGGCUGUGUGGGGAUUCGAACCCUGGUCUCCCAGGUCGUAGUCCAACACCUUAACCACUACACACUGAUGCUUUUAAAAUCAAAAUUGUGCCAGACUUCGUAAGUUUUACUCACAACCCAACAAAAAAAAUAUAUUUUUUUAGUUGCCAAGGAUGUUUGAAUGACUUUAGGGUGUUUUGGGGGUGCUAAAUUCAAAAAUGACAUUAGUUUUGCGGAAUUGGCUCUAGUUUUUGAGAUAAUGGAUACCCCUCAAAUGACGAUUGUACCCCAAUACGACCUGUAGCUGCUGAAAUAUGCAGCAGAGUUUGGUCUGUGUUUUUACUGUUGAACAUUGUUUUGCAAGCUUAUCCAUUGCAUAUAAUAUCAUAUUGAUACUUUUUUUUUUUUGGAAGAGGAAUAUGAGUUCAUCACGGGGAGGCUGCUUAAACAAUCCUAAUGCAUUCUGCUACAUUUGUGGCGAAUACACUCUGCAAAAACAAAGAAAAAACAUCACUGACUUUGUAAAACAACCAUAUCUUGCUUAUUUUGGAGUGAAGCUUGGAGAUCAAGAUAAGUCUUGGGCUCCCCAUAAGGUUUGCAAAACCUGUGUAGAGUGCCUACGACAGUGGAAAAAUGGAGAAAGGAAACGUUUAAACUUUGGUGUGCCUAUGGUGUGGAGAGAGCCGCAAAACCAUCACAAUGAUUGUUAUUUUUGUGUUGUGAAUGUGAAAGGCUUCAAUCGCUACAAGAAACAUAAGUGGGAGUAUCCCGAUUUGGACUCAGCAAGGCGAUCUGUGCCACACAGCGAAGACGUAUCCAUACCAGUGUUUACCUCACUGCCUGACCUUCCAUUGUCAGAUGUUGAAGAAAUGCUGGACGUGGAGUGUAGCACAGGUGGUAGCCUUGGAAGUGGAUAUGAAGAAAACUUUUCAACACCUGAGCAGUUCUCCCAAAAAGAACUCAAUGAUCUGAUACGAGACCUCAGUCUGUCAAAGCAAGCAUCUGAACUUUUAGCAUCCAGGCUAAUGGAAAAGAACUGUCUACAGCCGGAAGCUAACAUAAUAGCUUAUCAGACAAGAGAGGAGGGACUUCUUCCAUACUUCAGCCAAGAUGAAGAACUUCUAUACUGCAAUAACAUUCCUGGACUUCUUCUCCAAAUGGGACUACUGGAAUAUCAACCAGAAGAUUGGUGGCUUUUUAUAGACAGCUCCACCAGAAGCUUGAAAUGUGUUUUAUUGCACAAUGGUAACCGCUGUGCAUCUCUUCCAAUUGCUCACUCAACAAAACUUAAAGAAGAAUAUGAAAAUAUCAAAAUGGUCUUGCAGAAGCUCUGCUAUCAUGAGCACCAGUGGUCUAUUUGUGUUGAUCUAAAGAUGGUGAACUUCUUGCUUGGGCAGCAAAGUGGAUACACGAAGUACCCUUGUUUCAUCUGCUUGUGGGAUAGUAGGGCAAAGCGAGAUCAUUGGAAAAAAGUGACAUGGCCUUCAAGGGAACACAUGACUAGGUGCAGCGAACAUCAUUAACAAGCCAUUGGUUGUCAGAGAAAAAAUCAUUCCCCCACCACUCCAUAUCAAGCUUGGACUGAUGAAGCAAUUUGUUAAGGCCUUGGACAAAGAUGGUGAUUGCUUCAAAUACAUUUGUAGAUCGUUCCUUGGACUGACUAUGGAAAAACUAAAAGCAGGAAUCUUUGAUGGUCCUAAAAUUCGUAAACUCAUCAAUGAUUUGAAUUUCACUAAAUGUAUGAAUGAUGUUGAAGCUUCUGCCUGGUGCAGUUAUGUCUCAGUUGUCAAGAACUUCUUGGGUAACCACAAAGCAGACAAUUAUGAAGGAUUGGUGCAAAACAUGCUUGCUAACUUUAAACAUUUGGGUACUAAUAUGAGCAUAAAGGUACACUAUCUCCAUAGCCACUUAGACAGAUUUCCGGAUAAUCUUGAUGAUUUUAGUGAGGAACAAGGGGAGAGGUUCCAUCAGGAUAUAAAGGUGAUGGAGGAAAGGUAUCAAGGCAGAUGGGACAGACACAUGAUGGCAGACUACUGCUGGAGCCUCCAACGUGAUUGUCCUGAUGCCCCACAUAAAAGAAAAUCGUACACACAGCGUUUUUCUAUCCAUUAAUUGUGAUUAUCUGAAUCAGCUUACUUUGUUUUAAUGUUAUUGUACUGAAUACAAUGCCAUUAGGUAUU